AUGAGUUUGAUAUAUUCUUUUAUAAAAAUAGAAAGAUUGCCUAAUUUUGUAACUCAUGUCCAAUUAAAUCGUCCAAAAAAGUUUAAUGCUUUAAAUAUUAAAUUAUGGAAAGAAAUUGGAGAUGCUUUUAAAAUGUUAACGGAAGAUGAAAAUACAAGGGUUAUCGUUUUAUCAGGAAAUGGAAAAAAUUUUUGUGCUGGCAUUGAUUUAUAUGAUUCUCAAAAACUUUUUAAUAAUCCUGAAAUGGAUGAUCUUGAUAAUGCUAGAAAAAGCAGGAAAAUAAGAAAUACUAUUCUUGAGUUACAAUCAUACUUUAACGUUAUUGAAGAAUGUUUAAAACCAGUUAUUGUUGUGGUACAUGGUUUAUGUAUUGGAGCAGGUGUAGAUAUGAUAACAGCUUGUGAUAUACGUUUUGCAACAACAGAUGCCAUAUUUUCCGUUAAAGAAGUUGAUAUUGGUAUGGCUGCUGAUGUUGGAACAUUAAAUAGAUUACCUAAAAUAGUCGGAAAUGAAGGAUGGAUAAAAGAAAUUUCAUUUACAGGAAAAAAUUUUACAAGUGAUGAAGGAUACAAAAAUGGUUUAAUAGGACAUAUUUAUGAGGAUAAAGAAACAUGUUUAAAUAAAGCAAUACAAUUAGCACAAAUUAUUGGAGAAAAAAGUCCAGUUGCAGUUCAAGGAACUAAAGCUAUACUUAAUUAUGCUCGAGAUCAUACAGUAAAAGAAAGUUUAGAUUAUGUAGCUAAUUGGAACUCAUCACAAUUAAUCACAAAUGAUUUAAUUGAAUCUGUUGGAGCAUUUAUUACAAAAAGUGGUAAACCAAAAUAUUCUAAAUUAUAA